AUGGCUCCCAAGAACGAGGGCGACGGCCUCAGUGCCUUCGAGAGGCGGCGUCUGGAGAACAUGGCCGCAAACAAGGCACUCUUGUCCGAGAUCUCAGUGACUGCCAAGAAGAUCAUACCAGAAAAACCAGCGUCGAAGCCGUCGGCUCCACGAAGACGAGUAAAGGCAGAACCAGUCGUUCGAGAGCCACGACGAGGGACGCGCAUGAGUUCCCGUCUCGCCGGUGUGGCUGCUGACGACGAAGCUCUGAAGCGCAAACUCGAAGUAGAGGCCGAGCACCAGGCCGAGCAGGUUAAGGCCAAGAGACUACGGAUUGCCGAUGAUAUGAAACUCGGCGAUAUUGUCGUAGAUGGCAAAAAAUACGUAGGCAGCAUGGACGGGUUGCAAGGCAUUUUCCGUGGUGCGCAGCCCGGAGUUCGGACAUUCGAUUACGAUCCCAAAGAAGCGACAGAUGAUGACCUGAAGGACCUCCGACUGCGAAUGAAUGGCCUUAAGCUCUAUGAGCCUUGGAUACCCAAUGACAUCAAGAUCACGCCGCAGAGAGUGUAUGCUCUUGGUUUCCACCCGACUGAAGACAAGCCCAUUGUGUUUGCAGGCGACAAAGAGGGCGCCAUGGGCGUCUUUGAUGCGUCUCAGACGGUUCCCGAAGUAGAUGAUGACGAGGAUCUGCCCGAUCCCGUCAUCUCUGCCUUUAAGGUCCACGCGAGGACAAUCACUGCAUUCGUCUUUUCGCCCAUCGAUGCCAACGCCGUAUUUUCCUCCUCGUACGAUUCAUCAAUACGAAAGUUGGACCUGGAAAAGGGCGUGUCUGUGCAGGUGUUUGCGCCGGAGAAUGCCCACGAAGACCUCCCUAUCUCAGCGCUCGAGAUUCCUGCAGCAGAGCCAAACUUGCUCUUUUUCUCCACACUCGAUGGUUCAGUGGGACGUUAUGACACCAGGGCGCCCGAUAGCUUGGAGCUGUGGUCUUUAUCCGAGCAAAAGAUUGGAGGCUUCUCGAUGCACCCAUUACACCCUUAUCUAUUGGCGACGGCUUCUCUGGAUAGAACCAUGAAAGUAUGGGAUCUCCGAAAGAUGAGCGGCAAGGGGGAACUGAAACAUCCGACGCUACUCGGGGAGCACGAGUCGCGCUUGUCUGUGUCGCAUGCUUCUUGGAGUGCCGGUGGACAUGUCGCGACAUCUUCAUACGACGACACGAUCAAGAUAUAUGACUUUUCAGAAGCCUCCAAGUGGAAACCGGGCCAAAACAUUGAUGCGAAAACCAUGGAGCCAGCGCAUACAAUUCGUCAUAACAAUCAGACAGGCCGAUGGGUUACCAUCCUGAAGCCCCAAUGGCAGAAGAAUCCCAAAGACGGCAUCCAGAGGUUUACAAUCGGCAACAUGAACCGCUUCGUCGAUGUAUAUGCUUCGGACGGGAGUCAGUUGGCUCAACUGGGUGGAGAGGGCAUCUCUGCUGUGCCAGCAGUGGCUCACUUCCAUCCCAGCAUGGAUUGGGUAGCUGGAGGCACAGCCAGCGGCAAACUUUGUCUGUGGCAGUAG